AUAAAUAGAAAUCCAGACAUCCGAGAGUACGAUCUGACUGUGAGAUCACCUGAUUGACGCUGCCCAGGAUUCAUCACGCAUUUCCGCCGCGCCCACAGCCGGCGAUGGUUGAAAAUUACAUUCUGCGCUCAAUCCGGCGCUCAGCUCUUAUUAUGUGCCUUUGCAUAAGUACUCACUGCCGCCUGUUAUCCUUCAUCCCAUUAAUUAUUGCUGUUUCCCGCAAAUACACCGUACCUACCUGGCCAUCAUCUUUUUUCCAAUAAUUCGAUCUAUGAUUUCCGUUGCCCAUCAAAGGGACAGGAAGCCCAUUCAUCGCACUUUCCCCGGCUGUGUUGCAUAGCAUCAGUACACACACAGGCAGCCCAUGUUGCACAGCUGCAUUCCAUGUGUUUCGCGUCUGGGCUCAGUUGUCAGUAGCUCCGUGCACCGUCAGAUCGUUGCAGCCUUUUUUUCAGCCUCCUCUUUCGCCACGAUGAGUGCCACGAAAAAAGCUCCGCGUCCGGUGGUCCUGGCCGGACCCAGUGGUUGUGGAAAAUCCACGCUGAUCAAGCGCUUGAUGGACGACAUCGGCAAAGACAAAAUCGGCUUCUCCGUCUCCCACACCACGCGUAAGCCGCGCGAAGGCGAACAGGAGGGUGUUCAUUAUCAUUAUGUCUCUCCGGAAGUUUUUGAGCAACUCAUCCAGGAUAAUGCCUUCGUGGAGCAUGCCACGUUUUCUGGGAACCGGUACGGUACCAGCAAACGCGCGGUAUUGAAUGUUCUGCAGCAGGGCAAACUGUGCCUGUUGGAUAUUGACAUGCAAGGCGUGCGCAACGUCAAGCAGACGGAUUUAAAUGCAGUGUGCAUUUUUAUUAAGCCUCCGAAUGUGCAGGAAUUAGAGAAGCGAUUGCGCGGCCGCGGAACGGAGAGUGAAGAAGCGGUGCAGAAGCGACUGAAUGCCGCCACUGCCGAGCUGAAGUUUGGCGAAACUCCGGGAACUUUUGAUUAUACCAUUAUCAAUGAUGAUUUGGAUAAGGCCUACUCGGAGCUGAAGGACGUCAUCACCAAAGUCAUGAAGGAGAACAGUGCUCUCUAAGACGUUCGCCGGUUUUGUUUUGUGGCAGCUAUGUAAUAUGUUUCCUUCGGGUCUGCGAUAUAUUAGCGUUGUAUUUCUUUAGUCUCAGGUACGGUGCAGAGGGCCAGUAAUGACGAAUUUGACUCUGGAAAGUUAUUUAGCUUCGGAAAUUUUGGUUUUUGCGCGUGUCAUAUGAAUCUUUCAUUUGCCAAGUUUUAAAUUUUACUCCAUAGAUCGUUUGAUUUUACGAUUCUUUAGAAGUACUCGUAUAUGCUACAGCCUGGAACAGCUGAUCAUAGCCUGAGAAAUUCGAGAUUAAAAGCUGGCUCGGGUUG